AUUUACAAGUAAUUUUAAUGAAUGUAUAUUUAGUUGCUUAGAACUAAAUCUACUUUCUUAACACAGGGAGAAGUGUGAUACCGUUGUGUUAACUAAGAAGGGAAUAAUAGUUGGUCAUAAAUCGCCUCUUUUAACUUAAUUGGGUUGUUUUUAAAAUAAUAAUCUUGAAUUCCGCACAUUUAUAGAUGAUAAUCAGCCCUAUUUUACCCCAAGCAAUCCCUUACUACAGUUUUGUGCUACUAGCUGGGUGGUUCGGCAGGAUUUUGUGUCGUUCACAUUUUACUCGGGCACAAUGACUGGAUGCCUUUUGCCUUUUGUUAGCAUGUUAAGCUCAGCUCUUAUUACAAACUCCCUGCAAAAUGAUCAUUCCUAUUAAGGAUUUAGACAGUCAGUUAGAUCAAGCACAGUAAUACAUCGACUCACUGUGCCAGGAUGCCUAGAGCCAAAAUAGACAGAGAAUCAGGCAUGCUUGGCCAGUCUGUGUGAAACUUUUGGAAGGAAACCCUCUCAGAUUCUUCUGUCACAACUGAAUUUUUUAUUAGUUCAUUUGGGUGGCUGCACAGCCUGCACUCAUUGUCUAGUGCCGUUGAGUCUCUCACUGAUGUGUCUUUUCCCUGCAGCCACAAAAUGCGUCAGCUCUGGAUUGUCUGGACUUUAGGAAUUCUGACUUUGCAGGAGUGCUUCACUGGAACAGAGUACAAUGGGGUCAUCAUUUUAGAAAUUACCCCACAAAAUGAAAAGGAAGUCCAGUGCUUGCAGAAUAUCCUUCAGUCCUGGCUACUGGAUAUUUGGAAGCCAUUGCAGCCAGAAAACAUCAAUGUCAAGGCUACGGUGCGUGUCAGGAUCCCAUCCACUGCUCUACAGCUCGUGAAAGAGGACCUGCUUCAUUGUUCACAAUCUUUGGAAAUUCUGAUUGACAAUGUAAAACACAUAGCGGGCAACAAAACAGAGACCAAAGAAACCAGGAGUAAGAAGUCCAUCACUGAAUAUAACUACACCACAUAUCAUCCAAUGAAUGAGAUUUAUGACUGGAUGAAUGAAAUAGCGAAAAAUCACAGUGACUUGGUGACACAACAUCUUUUGGGUUUAACAUAUGAGUCAAGACCGAUGCAGUACCUAAAGAUCAGUCAGCCGUCUGUAAGACAUAAAAAGAUUGUUUGGAUUGAUUGUGGAAUCCAUGCAAGGGAAUGGAUUGCGCCCGCAUUCUGCCAAUGGUUUGUGAAAGAGAUUGUACAGAAUUAUCAAAAUGAUCAAAGGAUUAGAAAAAUCCUCCAGAGUUUAGACAUAUACGUCUUGCCAGUUCUCAAUAUUGAUGGGUAUAUCUACUCAUGGACAAAAGAAAGGCUCUGGCGAAAAAAUCGUUCUCAAUAUGGGAAUGGUACCUGCUAUGGCGUGGAUCUUAACCGCAACUUUAAUGUAUCAUGGUGCACUCAUAGAUCAUCCACAAACUGCAGUUCCAACUCCUUCUGUGGGAGUUCACCUGUUUCAGAACCAGAGACCAGAGCGGUGGUAGAGUUUGUGGAAAGCAGGCAGUCAGACAUUGUUUGCUUCCUAACAAUACACUCAUACAGCCAACUCAUCCUGACUCCUAAUGGCUACUCUGCAGGACUAUCACGGAACUAUAAUGAAUCAUUGAAAGUAGCUCAAAUGGCAGCAUCAGCCAUGGAGAAAACACAUGGGACAAAGUACAGGGCUGGUCCAUUUUCCAAACUCCUAUAUGAAGCUUCUGGAACUUCCCAAGACUGGGUUCAUGAUCUAGGCAUAGACUUCUCCUUCACUUUAGAACUGAGAGAUAAUGGUAGCCACAAGUUUACUUUGCCUGAGGACCAAAUACAACCAACCUGUGAAGAAACUAUGGCUGGGGUGAUGACCAUUAUUAAAUAUGUCAACGAUAAAUACUUUCCAAACAAGGCUCCUUCCACUGUCUUCGAUUGUAGUAUUAAUAUCCUCAUUUUCAACACAGUUCUACAAUUUUCAGUUUUAUUCUCCUAACACUGCAAAGGGGAAUUUUGAUCUUUUCAAAGGUUAUCACAUUCUUCUCCAUUUUAACUGAUUAUAUCGGUUCUACCUACAGUAAAUUGAAUUCAAGUGUAAAAAAUAGCAUAAUCCUUUUAAAAUGUAAAAAAUGUUCCUAUUGCAUAUGACUAUGCCUUUAAUAUAUUAUGCCCUUUAUCUUACAAGAAUACGUUUUCAAAUUUUUUUAUUUAAAGGAACAGCACGUCCCCAUGUUUAACAUGAGUUCAAUAAAUAGGGGUUGUGUUAACAUGCUUUUUGCCUAUUGAUUUACUAACAAGAAAGCUAUGGUUUUUUUAUUUCUUGACCUACACAAGGCAAAGAGGAAAAUCAAACCUACUCUAUGUUUGGUUCUUGUAAGAUAGAUCAUUACCACUGCACAGAUGAACAGGAUUCCAUUAUUUAGCGGAUGUGCCCUGGAAUUCUAAUGAUAUAUUUUGAAUUUGGUUCACCUGGACAAUUAUGUCAUAUACGAGUGCAGAAAAUUAGAACUGGACUGGGAUUCAA